CUUCUUGAGCAUUGCUGGAAACCCAGUAAUGUUGGGAUUAUUUCCGUGGAUGAUUCUGAAACUUGUUUCACUGCCCUUAAUCAAAUUCUCCAAGCUGGGUAUGAAUGCUUGUGCUCUGAUAGGAGAAUCCUUCCCACCCCUACCUUCUUCCGGCAUCUCGCUGUCAUUGCCAUUAUCAAAGUCUAACAUAUCUGCACCUCCUUUAACUCACUGUCCAGGUAUAACUGUGCCAUGUCUAUCUUCUACUACAACUGAUCCAGGAACCGUCCUGUUGGCCCCGGUUGAAGCACUGACGACGCUACAAUAGAAGCACAUCAGUCACAGGCCCUCAAGUAACCAAAACCAACGACGAUACUCCCAAGAGGAAAUCAAACAGAGAGGACAAGACCAAGGUUAAUCCACUACCAAUGCUGCUACUGCCAUUUGCUCUUCAAGCUUGUAAAGCAUUGUAUUAGCUUUAAUGAAUUCUCUAUUUCUUGUGCCACAGUAAAUUGACCAAUAAUGUAAUUUUUUCGAAUAACGAUUAUGUUGAGGCUUCUAUCAUUUUCUUGUUGAGCAAUGCUAAAAGGAUCGCGUUACUAAAUGUAAGUCGGUUGGCCUAGGCAAUGUUUCCGCGUUAUGCACCCAAAGUCGAUUCCUUCCAGUAGAUUGGAGUAGUUUGGCUACAAAAUUUGUUAGAAGCAAAUUCUAACCGCUUCCAUAAGGUUAAGCUUGGGCAGUUAAAAUUACACUCUUCGUUAUUAACUGCAGACCUGAAAAGGGCACUUCUGGAAUUAUCAAAACUCUUCUGUUUCCCGCCAUUUCUCUCUCAAACUCUCGAGCAUGAUAACCACUGCCACCGCUCCUCCGCCCCUCAUGGCCAUCCUCCUCGCCUUGACGCUCGCCAUUAUCAGCACCGAAGCAGCAGAACCGCCUUCGCCGCUACCCAGUUGUGGUGACGAGCUCGUGAGAUUCUCGCCGUGCCUGCCGUACGUGUCGUCUCCGCCGAACAACCUCUCCGACUCGCGCCCACCCAAGUGCUGCGACGCUUUCUCGCUGUCGCUGGAGUCCGGUGGCGCUCUGUGCCUCUGCUACCUGGUCCAGGAUCCUCCUAUGCUCGGGUUUCCCGUGAACGGGAGUCGCGUUCUGUUUCUGUCUUCCACUUGCCCUCUCGGAGACAUUUCCACAAACACAAGCAGUGCAGAGUCUUUGGAAUCGCUCUGCUCAGGAUCGCCAGAACUCCCUCCUCUCCUCAGCUCAACAAUUUCAGAGAUUUCUCCUCCUUCUGGUUUUGAGUCUGUUGGCAAUGCUUCAUCUCCUCUCAUGAGCUUAGCACCAGAAUCAGCAAACACUACAAGCAUUCCACCGGGAAACAGAUCUCCGACUCCACCAAGCUCAGCGGUAUAUCCGGCUAGGGUUUCAGCAGCAGUGAAGCAAAUUCACACAAGCAACACUUGGUUUCUACCUGCACUACUGAGUUGUUUCCAUGUCCAGCUGAUGCUUCCUAUAUUCAUUGAGAUUGUAGAUGAAAAUUCCACCGCCCUUUCGGCAUUUCUCGUACUGACUUCAUCAGGAAAGCUUGUGUAGUUACCCUGUCACAUUGGCAUUCAUGAAAAAUUAUACAUUCACAUAUAAAUUUCUGCCUAAUUUUGAGA